AUGACGCCAGAGUUUUUAGAAGCUGAUUCAGAAGAAAAUGAUAAGACAGAAUGGCAGCAGGUCAUAGGAAGAAGCAGUGUGAUAUGUCAGUAUACAGAAGACAAGGAAUUUUUGAAUGAAAAUGUUAAUUUUGAUGAUCCUUUUUCAUUGUACCAGUUAUUUAUGUCAGACAAUGUUCUAGAAUUAAUAGUGAAUAAAACAAAAAGAUAUGCUGAACAAUCCAACAUUGGUGUUGAAAAUAAUUCUUUAUUCACUACCAGAAAACACCAACAAACCUGGAUGCCUGUUACAAUAGGAGAAAUAAAAAAGUUAUUGGCAUACUCAUUAUUAUAG